AAGGUUAAGCUUAAGCCCAAUUGGCAUGCUACUUCAUUCGAUAUAUCCGAGCAGCUACUCUUUUUGUUCUUCAAUCUGUCUCUGAAAUAUCAAAGAAAUGGCCUUUUUCCUUAAAAAAAGUAGCCUUGCCAAUCAUUUCCGAUCUUCUUAUCAGAAAACAGAGGGUUCCCUGGCUGCGCCAAGUCGAGCACUUCACGUUGAACCGGGGGCUCGUGAAAGAGCUCUCUUGGCAGAGGAUCCUUCUCUAAGGCGAUUUAAAUCUUAUAAGAAGAGUGUGUGGCGAGUGAAGAGAAUCGGGGAUGUUCUGACAGUUGUUGUUGUAGCAGGUUGUUGCUAUGAAAUUUACGUCAAGGCAGUAAUGCGAGAAGAAGCCCGGAACCAGGCAAAGGCUGCUGGUGGAAGUAAAUGAGGCUGUGCAUGUUUUUGCUUCUGUGCCAAAAGGAAAAAGUGCAUGUUUUAGUGGUUGAUUUUGUUAGUUUGGCAGCAAUCUUAAUCCCUUAAUGAUUUUGCCUCAUUGAUAAAUAAGCAAAACAAAAUGUACUGUUGUGACAUUCUUGAAUGUAAGAUUCACUAAACUAAUUUCAAUCAGGUUAUCAUCUUUCAUAAAA